AUGGCGCCAUCAGUAGAACGCAAAGAGCUCAAAGCCGAGUGGAAAAAUGAAGUCAAAGUCAAGACAUACAAGCUCGACGAUGUCGCCACCCACAACACCAAAGGGGAUACGUGGAUAGUCAUUCACGGACACGUCUACGAUGUCUCCGACUACGUACGCGAUCACCCGGGCGGAGCAGACACGCUCUCAGGAGUUGCCGGCAAAGAUGCCACCAGCGACUAUGAAGACGUCGGCCAUUCGAAUGAUGCGGACGAAAUCAUGCACGCUUUUCUCGUUGGCGUGAUCGAAGGCAACACCGAAGAGGAAGGUGGUGCUUCCAAGUCCGACGAAGCGGUCCCCGAGACGACCGUCGUCGUGCGGCGAGGCCCAGAAGACAUGCGACCCAAGUCCAGCACAGCUCAAAAAGGCUUAGGUCUGAAGACAGAAUUGGGCUUGUUUGCUGCGGGAACCGUCUCACUGGUCUGGGCACUGAAUCACUUCCACGUCCUUCCCCGGCUCUCUGCACAGCUACCACAACUGAAACUGUCGGCAAGAGGCAGCUUCACCCACGGCUUCCUCACGGCCUCCAUCGUUUCUGGCAUUGUCGGUAUUGUCGGAGCGCAAUACCUGUCAAGCGCAAUCUCAUUCGGUGAAGGAUUCGAAAAGUAUCAACCUCGCAAGCCCGCCGUCUCCCCAACUAAAGACUACAAAAAGGGGGUCCUGACGCCCAACGAAUAUCAGCCAUACGCGCUGGUCCAGAAGGAAGAACUGGCCGAUGGCAUCUUCCGAUUCGUCUUUGCCUUGCCUAGCAAAUACAGUAUCCUUGGACUGCCAAUCGGCCAGCACAUCGCCAUCCGCGGAGAAGUGGACGGCAAGACCAUCACUCGAAGCUACACUCCCGUCAGCAACAAUCGCGAUCUCGGCCGCAUGGAACUGCUCAUUCGCAUCUAUCCUGACGGGCAGAUGGGCAAGUACUUGUCAUCACUCAGCGUCGGCGAUAGGGUAGACAUCAGAGGACCGAAAGGCGCCAUGAAAUACCGCAAGGACCUAGCACGGCACAUUGGCAUGGUGGGCGGCGGCACCGGAAUCACACCCCUGUUCCAGCUGGUCCGCGCCAUUUGUGAAGACGCGAACGACAAGACCAAGAUUACGCUGGUGUACGGCAACCGGACGGAAAAAGACAUCUUGAUGCGGAAGAGGCUCGACGCGUUUGCCGCGCAGUCGAACGGUCAAUUUGAGGUGCACUACAUUCUUGAUCACCCGUCUGACGGUUGGCAAGGCCGAAGUGGCUACGUUACCAAGGACUUGCUAGACGAAGUUAUGCCAAAGCCUUCGAAAGAUAGCAGGGUCCUUCUUUGUGGGCCCCCGGGCAUGGUCAAUGCGACGAAGAAGUCGCUCGAGGAGCUGGGAUUUGAGGCACCUGGCGCGGUCAGCAAGAUGACGGAUCAGAUCUUUUGCUUUUAG